UAUUGAAAAUGUCGGCUAAAUUAAAAUGAUCUUCACCUCGUCGUACCAUCCUAUCACCACACCCACCAGUCAUGCGAAUUAAAUGCCUAAUAAUAAAAUCCUCUUAAAUUUAGAAGUACAGUACACCUAACCUAUUUGGAUAACAACCCGGCAACGCUCAACUAACUUAUCUACUUUUGUGCGGAGGAAAAAGAUACUUACUCCCUUCCAAAAAAAUUGCCAAAUUUCUUUUUUUGGUUAUCCCAACAAGAUUUGUCAUUUCCAUUUAAAGCAAGGAAUAUGUGGCUAAAGUUAAUUCUCUCUCCUCUGCACAAAUUUCAACCACACAGUUUUUACUUUAUUAAUCUACGUGAAAGUCAAAGUUGACAAACCUUUUCGAGAUGGAGGGAGCAUUUAUACACAUAAUUCCAAACUUUUAUGCAUUUUACAAAAAAUUAAAUUGGAGUUUUAAUGAAUUAGAAAUACUACAUAAAUGAUCAAUACAAUUUACUGCAUUCGCUCUCUUUUAAUUGCAACAUUGAACUUUUUGCACUAUUCGAGUAUUCUAUUUUGACUAUAUUUUAUUUAUUAAUGUAUUAUAAAUUAAAUUUAUAAAAAAAUAAUGUUAGAUUCUUCUCAUUCUAAAUUUUUUAAAAGAAAUUGUCCCAUGUAGGACUAAAAAACUUUUAAAAUUCUUAAUUAGGACUAAGUAUGUUUAUUUCCCUAAGUACGACUUUAUUAAUCCUAUACUAAAACUAACGUUUUUUACCCGUACAGAUUUGCCCUUCGUUGAAAAUACCCCAUUCGCGUAACAUACCCCAUCCGCGUAACCGUUUUUUCCCCAUUUCGUUCGCUUCCUGAUUUUCAGAGUUUCAGUUACGAUGCUUUCCCCUUGUUUUACGCUCCCCUGUAUUAUCUCCUUCCGUUUUCACCGUGUCUUUCUGUAUCAACCAAUCACUUAUGCCAUAUCUCAUCUUUGCUCUGUCUAUCAUAAGCUACGACCAAACGCAUAUGUUGAGGUGAAGUGUUCCAAUUGUUCUGGUAAUUAUCUAACUGCUAAUAUUAUCAGUUUCUUCAUUAAUCAUCUUCUGUAUUAUCGGAUGUUGUAGAAGAAGGUAGCGACAAUUGAAGGAUAUUUUAAUGUAUUUGUUGUUAUUUGUCAUUGUUAUACAUUCCGAAACCUAAAAUCAUGUUCCAUGUCUGUGUUGAAAUCUGGAAAAUAUGUCAUUCAGUAUACAUAUAUGCGCUUAUCCUUCAUGGUUGUACUCAUGGUCAUCGUUUGACUUGCGCCUGGGAUUCUGUGUUUGGUGUUUUCAGUUGGAAUUUUAAUGACAUAAUCUUCGCAUAAUGUGUACUCGUAGUCAUCAUUUGACUUGCGGGUGGGAUUUUGUGUUUGGUGUUUUCAUUUCGAAUUUAAUGACAUAAUUUUGGCAUAAUGUGUACUCAUGGUCAUCAUUUUAUUUUUGGCUGGGAUUCUGUGUUUGGUGUUUUCAGUUUGAAUUUAAUGACAUAAUCUUGGCAUAAUGUGUAUUCAUAGUUGUCAUAUUGUUUUUCAUUUUAUUUGAACAAUUUAUAUUUAUUUAUCUAGUUAUCCAUAUGGAUUCCAUUGUUAUGAUUAUGCUGAAGUUGGGUGGAAGUUGGACCAAUGACUAUAACUUCAACAGUAACCUCACCUUUGCUAUUCAAGUUCUUUACUCAUCUACAUACAAAGACUUUAUAGAGCAACUUUCUUCCAUAUUAAGUGAUUCUUACAAUGCAACAAGUGAGUUGAAGUUAUCUUACAUGGUUGAUGGUUGCCCUCCACCUGUGUAUAUCAAUGAUGAAGCCAGUUUCCGUUUUUUCCUCAACCUUAAGGUUCUUCAGACUGAUUUCAGCAAGUACCCAUUGUGUGUGGAAUUCUCAAUUCAUGGUUACACUCCUUGCUCGGUGCCUGCUACGGAAAAUACUGUACCUAUUUAUGCUUCACCAUCUCAUGUUUCUUCUGAGGAACAUGAUAACAUUAGUGGACAAAAAUCUGAUUCCAACUCUUACACUAUUUUUCAACAUGAAUCCAAUCUCACACAAAAAUCUCCUAGUCCCAUUACAAUCAAUGAUGAUGUAUAUCAUAGUCCAUUGUCUUCUGUCAGCCCUUGUCAGUCACCUCCUACUCAUUUACAUUCUACUGAGUCAUUUUCCUUCCAUCAUAAUGUUGAAGUUAUCACCCACUAUCAUCCAACACAGAUCAUGAAGUAUGCCAUAUAUAAUUCUAAGUUUGACCUCAGUCACCAUUUGAAGUUGUAUGCGAUUGAUAAUGGCUUUCAAUACCGAACACUUACAUCAAAGAAAGGGGUAUUGCAUGUUGUAUGUUGUGAUGACAAUUGUAAAUGGGCUGUGAGGGGUGUCAAGUUACUUGGUGUUCAAAUGUUUCAGAUCAGAAGGUUCGACUCCACACAUACCUGCUCCAUUGACUUUAGACAAGGAAAACAGAGACAAGCAACAUAUCGCACCGUUGCUGAGCUAAUCUCCCAUAAAUUUUUGGAUGCAUCAAGGAAACCGUAUGCACCAAAUCUAAUCCGGGAAGACAUGAGUGUGGCCCAUGGCAUUUCCAUGUCAUAUAAGAAAGCAUGGAAAGCUCAAAAGCUAGCCAUGCAAAGGCAAUUUGGAUCUGAUUUUGAGUCUUAUCAGAAACUACCUUCCAUGGCUUAUAUGCUAGAAAAGAGAAAUCUGAAUUCUGUAAUUUCUUUAAUAAUAGGUGAUGAGGAUGAGUUUCGUUACUUUUUUAUGUGUCUUUCACCUUGGCGGCAGGCAUGGGAUUUUUGCAGACCUGUUUUAAUUGUUGAUGGCUCAUUUAUGAAGGCAUACUAUAAGGGGACACUACUAACAGCUUGUGGCCAAGACGCUAACGGUCAUAUUGUACCUUUAGCUUUUGGAAUAUGUGAUUCCGAAUCCAAAGCUUCGUGGAAUUGGUUUUUGAGCCAAGUGCGUGACAGUAUAACCUUCCGACCUGAUAUGUUUAUUGUAUCUGAUAGACAUGAAGGUAUUCUAGGUGCUGUUAAGGAUAUUUUCCCUCAUGCUCUUCAUGGAUAUUGUGUGGAGCACCUUCGGCGUAACAUGGUUCCAAAGUUUAGGGGCGCGGGUAAGAAUUUGGGUUGGAAAUUCAAGGCUGCCUACAUGGCAUCGACACUCAAGGAAUUUGAGGAAUAUAUGUCCUUGUUGGAUUCUGAGGAUAUUCGUAUACGACCUUGGCUUGAGAAGAUUGGUUUUGAAAAGUGGGCCAAGUGCAUGUCUGGUCCUAGGAGAUACGAUAUCAUGACUUCCAACUGUGCUGAAUCUAUGAACAACGUCAAUGUGUCUGCAAGAGAGUAUUCUACAUCAAAACUCGUGGAUUUCUUGAGGGAAAGAAUGCAGCAAUGGUUUUCAGAAAGGAAGGAAAAUGCUGAGAAAACACGUACAUUUUUUGCUCCCACACGUGAGAAGCAUUUGGUGGCCCUUCAAGGACAAGCUUGCAGGAUGCAGGUAACUCAAUGUGUGCUAAAUGCGUAUACAUUUAUUCGCAAGAAAUAUGCAUUUGAUUUUAAUUAUUUGUUCAGUUAUUGUAUUUUAUACCUGGCAGCAAUUCCAAAAAUAUGACAUUUGGUUACGAUCGAAACCCCUCUUCCAUGUUUCCCAGACCUUAUCCCCCAAAUCAUUUCUGUGAAUAUCCAUCAUUUAACUUUAUUAUUUUUUAUCUUUUUUAAAAACAACAUCAGGUGAAGCCAACAUCUUAUACAGAAUUUGAGGUGGUUGAUAGACAUUGUCUGUCAUUUGUAGUUGAUUUGAAUUCUAAGAUAUGCAGUUGCGGGGUCUUUCAAUUGUCACAUUUUGUUUGUGUGCAUGUUGUUGCUGCUAUUGGUACCAGGCCAGCGAUGUCAUGCUAUGAUUAUAUAUCCAAAUAUUACACUCGAGAUUACUGGUUGUCCACCUGGAGUAGCGUUAUGCACCCUAUUUGUGAUGUGGAGUCUUGGUCAGUUCCUCCUGAUGUUUUGAAUGUUCGUUGCAAGCCGCCUUCGUGUCAAAAAAGACCACCCGGUCGUCCCAAAAAGUCAAGAAUCCCAUCAAUUGGUGAACAUCGUCGUACGAAGCGUCAAAAAUGUUCUCGCUGUCAUGCUAUUGGUCACAACAAAAAAACCUGCCGCAAUCCACUGCCCAUAUCAAAUGCCUGAUGUAUUUUUUAAGUUUUCUUCUUUAAGAAUUUUUAAUUAUGGUGUCAUUGUUUUGAAAUGUCCAUGUUGAUUACAUAAAUUUAUGCACAAUUUAGAGCCAGUAGUUUCCUGAAUUCAUGUAUUUGGAUUACAUGAUGUUUUAAUUUCCUUUAUACGAUUACGUGUUUUGCACUAUUGUUGAUGGAUAUCAUAUUUUUAAUUCCACCAAUGUUCAUGUCAUUUUGCC